UAAACAAAUUCAAAAAUAUUAAUAAAAAAAUAACAAAAAAAUACCAAAACAUAGAAAAAUGUCCCAACAAACCCUCUUCGAACCCCGUCUCUGCCUAGUCGAAAAACGUGACGACUUCGAUGGCUACGGCUUCAAUCUUCACGCUGAAAAAGGCAAACCCGGUCAAUACAUCGGCAAAGUCGAUGAACACUCACCAGCCGAAUCCUCAGGACUCCGUCAAGGCGAUCGCAUUCUCGAAGUCAACGGUCAAAGCAUCAACAGUGAAACGCACAAGCAAGUCGUCGAGCGCAUCAAAGUAAUUCCAAAUCAAACAAAACUUUUGGUCAUCGACCCCAAAGCAGACAUUCACAAUCACCAGCAAAUGGCACUAAUCGAAAAGAUCAAGAAAGAAGCUGAAAUGAAAGCAACCGAAGCUGAUCACCAAAAUAACAAUAACAGCAACGGAACCACCGUCAUAAGCAAUGGCAACAGCAAUGGUAAUGUCGAUUCCGAAAAAAUGAUUAAAGAAGAAGUCAAGCAAGAGGAAAUGAAUGGAAAUGGAGCGGCAAAGAAGGCAGCAGACAAUGAACUCGCUGACAUAGCAAAAUUGGAAAUUUCGAAUGGAAAUGGCAACGUUGAGACGACAUUGCCGGCAUCAAAGUUGAAUUUGUCGAUGAGUGUUGCUGAAAUGAGGGCACAAUUGAAGAAUAAGAAGCGACCUGAUCCAAAAAGUGAGGGCAUUGAUGUGAGGAAGAAGUAUGAAAUUAUUCAGAAGAUGUAAAACACGUGUUUUUUUGUGUGUGUGGGGAAUUGGAGGUCAUGAAAGAAAGUGAAGAGUUAAAAUUUGUUGUAGUUUUUAAGAAAAAAAUUUAAAUUUAUUUAAAAAAAAAGUUAUUCAAAAAAUAGAUUGUAAAGUUAGAGUUAAGGUUAUG